AUAUUGGCUUUCUCCAGUUUACUUCUUCUGCUUCCAUCACUUGCACAAGAGACUUUCCACGCAUCACCAGGACUGCUAUUUCCUUUGAAAUUCCAUAUUUAGAUGGAUUCAACCUUGCCUACAUAUACCCAGAUCCCCUUUGAACAAACCCAUUCAUUCCUUAAUUCUUUCUAACAAAGCCAUCUAUUAGAGUUAGCUGCUGAUUAGGUUCAACUGAUAAAAAUUUGAUUGUUCUACGAGAUCUUGCAAUGGAGAAAACAUCAGCCAACACCUUGUCAUCUGGUAUUUCGAUAUCUUCCCUGCUUGAGGUUCUUGUAUUCCAUGGAAUUCUCAAGUGGGUUGUUAAAAUUCAAAAGUUCUAUUCAAGUUUUCUAUGUUUCUUUGAAAAAUCAAAGAGUCAGUAUGAGAAGAGAAGCUUCACGUCUAAAUUGGUCAAUCAGAAGUUCAAGUACUAUUCAUGAGAAGGAAGGCGAUGAAGAGGAAAAAGAAGAUGAUGGAAAGCUAAGCAGAGAAGAUGUGGAGAUGGUGAUGCAUAAGAUGAGGCUUACGUGCAGUCAAGACGGUGAAAAGAUUCAGGAGAGAUUGGGUUUGGAUGAAUUACUUGGUUUGUUUGAGGAGAAAGAGCCGAGUGUGGACGAGGUGAGGGGAGCUUUUGAUGUGUUUGAUGAGAACAGGGAUGGGUUCAUUGAUGCAACUGAAUUGCAGAAGGUUCUGUUUGCUUUGGGAAUCAGAGAAGGACUAACAUUGGAGAAUUGCAAUAUAAUGAUCAGAAGAUUUGAUGACAACAGUGAUGGAAGGAUAGAUUUUAAUGAGUUUGUGAAAUUAAUGGAGCACAGUUUCUGCUGAUCCCUUUUUUUCUGUAACCAAAGCAAGACUAUCUAUUUUUUCUUCCUCUAACAAAGGAAGUCGAGACAUAUUUGUUGAUUUAUUAUAUGAAUGAAGUAGAUUAGAUUAAUGCACUCAA